UGCGUCCCAUAGACAGGGAACAUGAAACUGGAGCCCAUAGGGAGCUGACAGCGGGCAUCGGCUCCUUCCCAUCUCCCUGAGACUCGUGGGCAGCGCAAGGAUUCUAGCGGGUUAAAAAAAAUAACAACCCUCAGCCAGCACAAGAUCAGCUGGGAUCACAAAACCUCAGACAUCUGGGAUCACUGCUGGGCUAUUUCCAUUGACUUAUAAAGUUUUCCUAAAGAAUAUUGUGUAGAAGACAAGAUGACCUCAGUGUGUACCCUGGCAGCAGGAUGCCUUCUUUUGUGCUUGUGCACAGCAUCUGCAGGUCCUUUGCCUGAACCUCAGUGUAUACUAUCAGCCGCCUCUGAUUCUCACCCUGUCAAAGCGCUACUGGAGAGUUUUACGAUAUUAUCUGGCUGUGCGAGCAAAGGAACGGCAACUCAUCCUCAAGAGGUCCACAUCAUAAAUCUGAAGUGUUCCGAGGAAGACCACUGUCAAAAUGAGAACGAGGUCACGUUGCAUUUGAACCCAAUCUCCACAAUGACCGUUCAUCAGAAGCCGCUGGUGUUUAUCCUGAACGCUGCCCACUCCCUGACUUGGAAGAUAAAGACAGAGAGACUUGUACCAGACGUUCCAAGAUUCUUCUUUGUAUCGGAGGGCUCUUCUGUUGAGUUUGAAGAAGGAAAUUUCUCCUUGUCGGCACAAACUGAAGAAAAACACCUCCCUCAAGGAAAUGAGCAUUUGUUACAUUGGGCCCAAAAUAAUUAUAAGGCUGUAACAUCCUUUACUGAAGCCAAACUGUCCAGAAACAUUUAUAUCAAAGUUGGUGAAGAUCCAGUAUUUCCUCCAACAUGUAAAAUUGAAAAGAAUUUCCUUUCCCUGAAUUACCUGGCUCGCUAUCUUGAGCCACAGGCUGUUGAGGGCUGUAUACUGACUGAACCGGAGGAGAGAGAGGUUCAUAUCAUUGAACUGGAGGCUCCAAACUCGAAUCCAUACAGUUCGUUCCAGGUGGACAUAGUUGUCGACAUCAUACCAGCCCGAGCAGAUACUACACUCGUCAAGAAUCUUGUACUUAUCCUCAAGUGCAAAAAGGCGGUCAAUUGGGUUAUCAAGACUCAAGAUAUUCAAGGGAAGCUAGAAGUACUAAGCCCAAAUAGCAUCGGAUUUACAAGAGAGACUACUAGCUCCUUGUUCGCGAGCAAGUCCGUGAUACAAAACAUUCCUUCGACACAGGAAAGCUUAAUGAAGUGGGCUAAGGAAAAUAGAUAUUACCCAGUUACUUCGUACACAAUCGCACCCCUUGCAAACAGGUUUCAAAUAACACUCGAUGACAUCGUGGAGAUGAACGAUGGAGAUCACCACUCAAUUCCUCCUGAGUUAACUGAGCUAUUACUCAAUAGUAAUAACCAUAAUAAAGGGCUUCCGUAUACAUUACCUGUAAUUAGGGGGAAUGUUUUUGGGAUGGAUGAGAAACCUGAAGAGGCUCAAGGCCAUAUUAACAUGGCUUUCUCUGUUAAGUGCGACAACCAGAAGUUGCUGGCGGCCAUUGAAAAGGACAGCCUGCCGGCAAAUGGGACCGAAGUUUCGCUGCUUGAUCCAAAAUGCAAAGCAACACAAAACAAUACUCAUUUUAUUUUGGAGACGUCGUUGACCGGAUGUGGAACGCAGCACAAUGUUGACGACUUAAAGAACAUUGUUUACUACAACACAAUUGUUAUACAGCUGUCAUCAAACACUGAGGGAAGUGGCUGGACUAAUGAUGAUGAGGAUUUGGAAUCUGGAGAUGACAGAUUUCUAGGCGACAUGGACGAAGCUGAAAUCAGCCUCCUCUCUCUUGCCUUUAAGAGGCCUGAAAUUGUGGCGUUUAACUGCACGGUUCAUCAGGAGUCUGAUCCCUUCAUACCUGCGCCACCCGGACCUGCAAUAAGCAAUGUCACAUUUAAUAUGGACCUUUACGAAACAGAUUUAUUCCUCACUCCUUCUCAAAAACUUUAUUCUGUAGCAGAAAAUGGACAGGUUUACGUACAGGUUUCUGUAACAAAGGCAGACAAAGAGUUGGGAUUUGCUAUACAAACUUGUUUUAUUUCACCGUACUCUAAUCCCGAUCUCAUCUCCGAAUAUACAAUUAUUGAGAACAUUUGUCCUAAAGACGAAUCGGUAAAAUUUUACAACGUAAAAAGGAUGAACUUCCCAGUGUUACAGGAACAGAUGGAUAAGAAGAGAUUCAGUUUCAUAUUUAAACCGAUGUUUAAUACGUCUCUUCUCUUUCUUCACUGCGAAUUAACUUUGUGCACCAACACGGAACAAGAGAUGGACGGGCUGCCCAGGUGCGUUCCUCCUGAUGAAGCGUGCACGUCCCUUAAUGUUGAUAUGAUUCUUGCUAUGAUGUCCAACAAGAAGACUUUUUCUAAGCCGCUCGCCGUUAUUACUCACGUGGAGAAAACAGGUCCGUCAAUAAAUGCAAACCGUCCCAGUGCUCCACACCCAAUCUUCUAUGGCUUGGACACUCCCACUGUCGUUGGUAUUGCAUUUGCAGCAUUUAUAAUUGGUGCACUAUUAACGGGAGCUUUGUGGUACAUCUAUUCACAUACUGGUGAUACAGCAGGAAGACAGCAGGUUCCCACAUCCCCACCAGCCUCUGAGAACAGCAGCGCCGCUCACAGUAUUGGCAGCACACAAAGCACCCCCUGUUCCAAUAGCAGCAGCGCCUAACCCAGGCAGCUGAAGACCAACGUAAAGGGCAGAGGUUCAAAGUCUCUGUUUGUUGACAUAAGAGCUCUAAAGCUGGAAAGAUUCAUACUGUUCCUUUCUGAAAAGGGAAAAGGGAUCUCAGUGUAAUAUUCAUUUUUUUUUCUUCUCUUGGUAAAUGCAGUCUUUGGACCUUUCCAGAUCAUGCUUUGCCAAAAGUGGUAAUACUACUAAUUAUGCAGUGUACAAAUCUGCAACACGGCUCUUUGCCUCUCAAUGUGAAGUGUGUGCCAGUUUUAAGAAUGCUGCUUUUAUUCUGUUAAAGGGACCUACAAGUUGUUGUUGUUUUUUUUGUGUGUGUGUCUAAAAGAGCACACUUUAAAGUUGUAUUUUAUAAAAACAAAUCCCUGUGCUGAUAAAAAAAAAACAUACUAUUCAAUGUUUAUGCUUGUAGGAUGUGUCACUAUCCACCAAUACUGCUGUGGGAGCUUUCAUUAUCAGCCAUUGAGUUUCUAAUCUGCUUAAAAUUGGCCACAAUUAUAAAUAUAUAUAUAUUUCAACUUUUUAAUUGUGCUCUUUUAUAUGCACUCCUAUAUGAGUUUAAAGGGAUAUGAAACCCAAAUUUUUUUCUUUCAUGAUUCAGAUAGAGCAUGCAAUUUUAAACAACUUUCUAAUUUACUUCUUUUAUCAAAUUUUCUUUGUUCUUUUGGUAUGUUUUGUUGAAAGCGGAGACGUAAGCUUAGGAGCCGUCCCAUUACUGGAGCACUAUUUCCUGCUAUGUAGUGCUCUAGAUGCCUACCUAGGUAGCUCUAAAACACAGAAGUAAAUUCGAAACUUUUUUUAAACUUGUAUGCUCUGUCUGAAUAAUAAAAUAAAAAUGAGGGGUUUCAUAUCCCUUUAAAGCUCGGUGGCUUUGUAUAUAGCAAAUAUAUAUAUAUAGUAAUCAAUAGAAAUGGGUUGUGGGGUACAGUGUCUGAGGAUUCCCAUGGAUACUUCAGCAUGGAUUCAAUAUUUAGCCACUAGAAAGCAGCACUUUCUGUUAACAAUUUUUUUUUUUAAUUUUUUUUUUUUGAUCCAACUUUAUUUUUUCCAGUCCUAUUUACAAGCAACAAUGGACAAAUGUUUCUCUAAAUUCUAUUUCUAAGAGGCAUCAGCCAUCUUUCUAAUCGUGUCCAAUAAGCAACAGUUAUGUCUUAAUGUAGAAACCGCAAGAGCUCAGCGUCUUUAAUGGUUCUGCUUGUUGCACUUGGAAAAAUACUUUACAAUCCAAGUGUCUGUUGAUGGAAAAAAUGUUUCCAAUUCUAUUCUCCUUUUUUUUAAAAAAAAUAAUUCAACUGUAUAAAAUAGUCUACAUACAGUUCUUUUUAAAAUAAUUGCUUUGUUUUUGUCGGGUUUUUAUUUUUUGCAAAGAGACGACAAAGCAAAGAUUCUCACGAGACAAUAGUUUAGAUGGGGUGAUUCAAGAUAUGUGUUAACACCCGGUGGAAGUAUUGAUUGAAUGUAUAUAAAAAUAAUCUGGAAAAGUGGACAAAUAAUUCUUAACUUUUUUUUGUAAUUAACAUUUUGUAAACAAGGGAAUUGUUUUAGCUUUAUAAGCAAGAUAUUUUAUUGCCUGCAACUAACUCCUAGUGAGGGAUUGUGAUCACUACAGAUAUUUUACAUUUGUACUAUACUUGGGUAUAUUAAAGGUUUUAAAACUAAACAAAGUUCCUAUAAAUAGGUUGUCCAUGAAUAUCGUAAGCAAUUUGCAGUAUAUUUUCAUUAAACCAUAUGUUAUUCAGUGCUGGAUUGGCCCACCAGGAUACUGGGAGAUUUCCUGGUGGGCUGCUGGCGCUGCAGAGCCACAUCUAAUGGGCAGAGGUGCAGAGGGAGCCUUCAGGAAGCGAGGCUUCUGUGCUUGCAUAUAUUCAUGGCCGCUCCGCUACUGUCUCUGGGGAGGGGGCCUGGGGGGGGGAGAUCAGUGGCCCCUUAAAACAGAAGAAUGGCAGACAACUAAGGCAAGGUGGGUGGGGGCUGGUCUGCAAAUAAUUCCAGGCCUGGUUUGAUUUCCCCGUCCAGACCUGAUCUUAUUCUGCAGCUUUCUAAACAGAAAAAUAGCACACACUACCACUGAAAGACAAAACUUUCAAGUAUUUUUAAAUUCCGCUAAUGUUUGUUUUUCGUUUCCACGCAUGCACAACAAGCGCCAAUUUCUCUGGCAUGCAUUAGUGAGGAUUACCCCCAAAGCGCCUUUACAUUCAAGGGUUGGCUUGUGGCAAGACUAUGGGCAACUGGGAAACAUUUUCGUUUGAGAACUGCAUAAUAAGGUCAUUUUUAAUAUGAGCAUAAUGCAAAUUGUUUAAGAGAUUCAUGUAAAGUCUAUCUAUAAGAUUUUAUUUUGGGAGACGUAUGUGUCCCUUUAAGAGAUAUAUGUAACGUCUAUAUAUGAGAUUUUAUUUGGGGGGAAGUAUGUGUCCCUUUUAAUACACGCAAUGUGCAUCUGUCAUAAAAGUUGUGAUCACUUAAUAUCAAAACAUAAUCCCACUGGAAGUUAUUUGUAAGGCAUAAGUUGUUUUUUUUUAAACGUUUCUGGCAAUUAUCUGAGAAAUAUGACAAAUUAUAUAUGCAAAUGUAAGUAACCCGCGCCAGUCCAACAAACAAAAAAUACCUUUUCUACAUCAAUUUGUUAUUUAAUAUAAUAUCAUUGGUUCAUAAGGAACCAUAAAAGCUAAUCCUUUGAUCACACUCAUACGUGCAUUUACAUUAUCUAUCUUGAUUACUGUGAAUUAUUACUGAUUAUUCAUUUCUUAUUGAAACAUGUUAGCAAUGCUCAAAUAGACUUUUAUAAAGGGUUAUGGAGUGUCAUUUUCCCAGUGUUACUCAGUAAAAAGGAUGCAAAUGUAUGCAGUAGAAAUAUUCUCUUGCUAGAGAGCCUUAGUAACGCUGUAUCUCAUUUGCAAGGCAGUGAUAAUCAUCACUGAUGGUCUCUAGAUGUCGAUGCCUGGAGCAUACAGACAUAGGCUCUGUAUAUAACAGCCAACCUUUAACAAAAAGACUGAUAUAGGGGCCGAAUGAUCAAUCUCGAUACCGCUACUCCAUAACUUGUCCGCCUGCUCUGAGGCGGCGGACAGAAAUAAACCCAAUUGAAUACGAUCGGGUUGAUUGACACCCCUUGCUAGCAGCCGAUUGGCCGCAAAUCUGCAGGGGGCGGUAUUGCACAAGCAGUUCUGGUGAACUGCUUGUGCAAUGAUAAAUGCCAACAGCGUAUGCUGUCGGCAUUUAUCGAUGUGCAGCGGACAUGAUAGGCUACAUCGUAUCAUGUCGGCUAGCACGUUGAUAAAUAUACCCCAUAGUCUUUACUACAUGUUGUGCAUAUAUUGUCCCAUUAAUAACCUGUACUAAGAAGGGAGACCCUUUAAAUAUGCUGUUUAAUGCAAAACAGAUGCUUGUAACCAUAACGCUUUGAGUGACAGAUCGCUAUGUUUGUAUAUUAUCUUGUAGACAUUCAGGUCUUGUACUGACAUAGGACUAGAUUAUGAGUGGUGUGCUAUUUAUCGCUCCCGCACUAACUCCGCUAGAAGUAAGCUUUUUGCAUGCGUCGGGUACCGAGCGUAUUUCAAGUUGAAAGUAAAAAGUUUUCGCUCGUGUGCUAAACCCGACGUCCACAGAAAGCCAAACUUCGAAUAUCACGACCACGUAAAUGUAUUCCCCCCCAUAGACUUCAAUGGAGCGUGAAAAGUGUGGGGGGAAAAACUAACACCCAACAAGUCACGCAAACCCAAUCACAUUUUAUCAAGUGCGCUAACCCGACAUGAAAUUUUAAUUAGAUAUAUACAUAUAUAUAUAUAUAUAUAUAUAUAUAUAUAUAUAUAUAUAUAUAGGAAUAUGUAUUUAAAAAUACUUAGAACAUAUUACCCUAUGUGAAGAACAUUGUAAUGUGAAAUAUUUACAGUACAAACACAGUUAAACAAUUUAUUAAAUAUAAAUAUUGCAUAAAUAUGAUUUUCAUCUACUUGACUGCAAAGGGCUCGAAUGCACUUAGAUAUACUGUGUAUAUAUGUCUGUAAAUACAUAUAUACACAUAUAAAUACAUAGAUACAUAUGUAAAUACAUAUAUACACAUAUAAAUACAUAGAUACAUAUGUAAAUACAUAUAUACACAUAUAAAUACAUAGAUACAUAUGUAAAUACAUAUAUACACAUAUAAAUACAUAGAUACAUAUGUAAAUACAUAUAAACAAAAAAAAUAUAUAUAUAUAUAUAAAUACACACACACAUAUACAUCAUUAGACCUGUAUAUGUAUGUAUCUCUAUGUUAAAGCCCUUCAUAGUCCUUUUGUUUCUAACACCCGAGAUCUCAUAUCUUUGAGCCCUUAUAACUUUUUAAUGCAACUUAUUAUUUAAAAUAAUUUUUAUUAGAUUAUGUUAUUAUGAGUGUAACUUUACUUUUUCAUGGGUUUUGUGCAACUUUUUAUUCAAGCGUAACGGUUAACAAGAGCUCUGAAGUCGAGCUAACCCGUUGCGGGUUAAAUUACGCCCUAGCAAACACGUUAACUUUUAACUUGUAAUAUGCGCACUACUUCCCACAUGCAAACACCCGCAAUAAACCCCUUAUCGCUUUCACACAACUGUUAGUGCGCCACUCGUAAUAAAGCCCUUAAUUAUUAUUAUCGGUUAUUUGUAGAGCGCCAACAGAUUCCGCAGCGCUAAAUCUUUUGUUCAGUUCUAAAUGUAUUAAAUAAACCUUUACAAAAAUACAAAAAACCCUAAAGCCUUAACAUGGAAUAUGUUUUAUUCCAGAUGCACUAAAAUUGCAAUAAUAUUUUAUUGCUAAUUACACAAAUGUGUACGCAAUUAAGUUAAAAAAAAUAACUGUCCAAAACUGCUGGCACUUAAUACUGUUUUUGUUCUUCUUUAUGGUUUGGCGACCAGUUUUGCUCAUUUCAAGUAAACAGAUAUUUUGUUUUUCCAACAAUCUGUCUGUUUCUACAAUCAGCAGCAGUUUUAUACUAAUUCAAUUUCAUGGCCGUAUUUAAAGAGCCCACAUAGUUUUUAUUUAGUUUUGUUAUCGCUAUUAUAUUCACAGAUGUGGUCAGGAUAGUUGUGUAAAUGCACGUUAUUGGCUAAAACAAAAUCUUUAAAAUAAUAAAUAUAUUUUUAUUGCUAAGAGAAAAGUUUUUUUGUUUUUUUUUUCAUUUGCAUCUUUAAAGUGAUACUAAACCCAAAUUUCAGAUAGGGCAGUAAUUUUAAGCAACUUUCUAAUUUACUCCUAUUAUCAAUUUUUCUUCGUUCUCGUUUAUUUGAAAAAGCUGGAAUCUAAGCUAAUGACCUGACCCAUUUUUGGUUCAGAAUCCUGGGUAGCGCUUGCUGAUUGGUAUCAGCAAGCGCUACCCAGGUGCUGAGCCAAAAGUGGUCCGAUAGCAAGAGAACGGAGAAAAAAAAUUGAUCAUAGGAGUAAAUUAUAAAGUUGCUUAAAAUUGCUGCUCUAUUUGAAUCAUGAGAAAAAAAAAAUGGGUUAAGUGUCCCUUUAAAGGUUUAACGGCAUAUGUGCAAAUUAGCUGCCUUCAAAUGUUUUUCUAAUCUUCUUAAACACCCAAGCGUAUUAGGAUACUUGUAUUGUAUUGUAAAAAUACAUCAUUCAUUAAAAAAAAAAAAAUUAUUAGGCUGAACUACAGAACAUAAAAUGUGUGUAUGUGUAUAUAUAUAUAUAUAUAUAUAUAUAUAUAUAUAUAUAUAUAUAUAUAUAUAUAUAUAUUAUUUUUAUUCUAAAUCAGUAGGUUAAAACAUUUUUUACACAUUAAUAUGGGUGUUUGAUUGGUUUAGAAGAAUCAGUUCAUAACGUUUUUUUGCCAGAUUGUGUAGAAGAUGCAGUUACUAUUUUGUCGCCAUUAACGGUGUUUUGAAUUCCUCUGGCAGCGAAAGAGUUAAUAUAAGCUACCCGUGUUGGACAAUCCUAUGCUUUGCCGAACUUGCAACUGAAUGUAUUUUAUAAGCAUAAUAUUUGUACAAACUUUCUAUAAAAAUGUCUUCAAAGAAGACAAGAGUCUUUACUUUACGUAUAGCUAUAUUUUACUACAUUAUAUAUAUAAAGAUUAUAUUUAAAUGUUUUUAAGAGAAAUAUAAGUUACUCUAUAAGAUUGCUUUUUUUUAUCAUUUAAGUUACUGUGAAAAUGUCCACCCCCUGUAAAUAUCCGACCCCCCCCCCCCCCAAACUCCGUCCAUUUCACACUUUUUACUGAAAAAUGAUAGUUUGAAGUAUGGUUUGGACUAAAACAUUUGUAAAACACCUUAAAUGUAUAUUUUUGAGAGAAAUUUGUAUUAUCAUUGAUUUACUUUUUAUUGAUAAAUAUAUCUACAAAUUAAUAUUUUACAGUCUAAAAAUACCUAUUAUUCUAUGUAAAUGUAUAUAAAAUGUCACUUGCAAUUUAUCGGAA